UUUAAAAGGAAGAUACUCUUCUGGCUUCCAUUCCCAUUCAGGGUAGCUUUACUGCCUGCCUUUCUUUAGGGAAGAGUAGGAUGGAGACCUUGGAUGAGUUUGACAAUGAGUAUCCCCUCAGUAUAACAUUCUGCAAGCUGAUUUCCCCCGAGGACUUUGAAGGACAAUCUUUAUCCUACACUGAGCAGUGCCUACAGGAACUGUAUAGAAACAUGGAGCAAAACCCAGGGAUCUGUGAGAGGGUCAUGCGAAAGCGGAAGCAGAUGGAGAAAGAGGCAGCUGGCCUGGCAUCAUUUUUAAAGGCCAAGUUUUUCUGGACACUUCAGGGAGAGAUGAAUUACUGUAACAAUGUGGGGAUUGCGGAGAUGCAAGAGAAGGUGAUGCAGCUGAAACGAGACAUGCAGAAAGUGAACAACUAUGCUCGGGCGGCAAAGGCUGUGAAAAUGCGAUGUCCAAGGCAAAUGACUGGAAAGAAGCAAGCUCCAGAGGGAGGAUUCUGUCCCUCCCAUACCAGAGCUUCUGGCUCCACUGUUCCUCCCAUGUUCACCAUGCCCAGGGUCUUUGGACCUUUUCCUGAACUGAUGAGCAAACAGAUGGACAGAACAACAGUUUCAAACACUGACCUGAAGCACCUUUGGUCUGGCGUGUCAACAAUGAACCCAAAAAGCAUGGUUGAUCUGCAUCCUAUAGUGCUGAACCCUGGUGGCUUUCACACCUCCCUUCAAGCUGGUAACCACAUCAAUAAGCUGAGGUACACCAAUUUCUCAAGGCCUCUUGGGAACAAUCUCAAACCUUCUCUCCAAAAGGCAUGCCCUUCCGACAUGAAAUCCACACCGUCUGUUUUUGACACACCCAUGCUGUCCAAGUUUCAAGGCAGCUCAGAAGAUGACAUGGAUAAUGAGAAACCUGGCCCCAGUUCCUCUCCAAAGGGGGCAUAAUUGUCUCUUCCUGUAUGGAAAGCUGCUACGCGAAUAAAAGUUUCAUGGAAGCUCCUUGAUUGUGGGUGAGGACUCUGCUGUGUAGGAGUC